CCGCAACACCUACCCGAUUUGAAAUCUGCCUAUCCAUCCGUAAUAUCCCUCACAUAUGAAAACCUUUUCAGGAUCAAAACAACAAAGAAAAAGGGAGAUGGGCAGUGGCGCCAAGCAGAAGCAGCUGCCCAAGUGGAAAAUCCACUUCGAGAAAUCCCCAAAGCAAAAAAUCCAACCUCCUCCGGAAUUCGUCUGCCCCAUCUCCGGCUCCCUCAUGGUCGACCCAGUUAUUGUCUCCUCCGGCCACUCCUUCGAGCGCAACUGCAUCGAUGCCUGCAAGUCCCUCAACUUCAGGCCCACCCUCCCCGACGGCUCCGUUCCCGAUUUCUCCACCCUCAUCCCUAACCUCGCCCUCAAGUCCGCUAUCCUCAGCUGGUGCCAUUCUACCCUCUUUACCCUUCCUCCCAAACCCCUCGAUUUCUGCUCCGCUCAUAACCUCGUUCGCACCUUAUUGCUCGCUUCCCGCUCCCAGCAGAAACCUAAUCAUCAAUUAUCAGUGUUCUCCUCCCAAGAAACCGAGCUGACUCGGACGCCUAGUCAAGUUUCCACCAGCUCCGAGGAAUCCGUGACGGCCGCCGCUGUCAUCAGCGGGCCCACCACUCCUCUGCCUUUCACCACCAGCCCCUCUUGUUGCUGCUCUUCUUCGUCCUCCUCAGAUAUCGAGUCCUCGAAUCACCCUAGCUCCCUCGAAGAGGCCGAGUUCGUGACCAAGCUCAGGAGCUCUCAAGUGUUCGAGCAAGAGGAGGCUCUGCUUUCCCUCCGGAAACUAACCCGGACGCAGGAGGAAUCCCGGGUGAAUCUCUGCACGGCUCGUCUACUCUCGGCUCUCCGGCCUCUCAUCACCUCCAAACACGCUUCUGUUCAGGUGAACUCAGUCGCCAUUGUGGUGAACCUGUCCCUAGAGAAUCGAAACAAGGUCAAUAUCGUGAGGUCAGGGAUCGUCCCUGUGAUUGGUGUUCUGAGGGGUGGAUUCCCCGAGUCGCAGGACCACGCUGCGGGUGCCCUCUUCAGUUUGGCGCUUGAUGAUCAGAACAAGACAGCAAUUGGGGUGUUAGGCGGGCUGCCUCCGCUUCUACACGCUCUCCGGUCUGACUCGGAGCGGACUCGCCAUGACUCGGCCUUGGCACUUUAUCAUCUUUCUCUGGUCCAGAGCAAUCGGGUUAAAAUGGUGAAAAUGGGAUCAGUGCAAGUGUUGCUGGGCAUGGCAAGAUCGGGGCACAUGACGGGUCGGAUCCUCUUGGUGCUGUGCAAUUUAGCGGCCAGCGCGGAAGGGCGGGGGGCGAUGCUGGACGGUGGGGCAGUGGGAUAUUUUAUCGAGAUGCUCGAGAGGGAGAAUUUUGAGUCGGAUUCGACUCGAGAGAGCUGCGUGGGGGCACUGUACGGGUUGAGUCACGGGGGGUUAAGGUAAGGAUUGGGGAAGGAGGCCAACGCAGAGGAAGUGUUGAAGAAGUUGGAGGAGAUGGGAAGCGAGCGGUCAAAGGAGAAGGUGAGGAGGAUUUUGGAGGUUCUGAAACAAAAGGAUGAGGAGGAAGAGGCGGUGGAUUGGGAGGAGUUGCUGAAAUCUGACGACGAGGAUGCGAGUUCAGGCAGGGGCAGAGCAUCAAUCCGGUGAGGGGUCCGGUUCUUCUGCGGCGGUUGCAGUGCUGUGAACAGUCCGAUUCUCCAGGCAGGAGAAACCCAUGCCAAUAUGCCAUGCCAUGAUAGCGGAUGACUUUCUGGGUAAAGUGAUUUUUUUUUUGGCGUUCGAGAGCGCGUUCUCCGGUUCUCUAUUUUUCCUUAAAUCUUUCUUCCUUUCUGGUAGUGGAAGAGUGGUGCUAAUAAUAAAUUAGUAAAAUUAAAAGCAUUUGGUUGUGAAUAAAUCAGAAGUUUUCGGAGAUUUCUUUUGGGAAGAGUGCUUAAACGAUUUGAUCGUUAAUGGCGCCUACCAGAAACGAUUUGUUGUUAAAAUUAAAAGUUUGGUUUGGUUUCAUAGUUCAUUAUUGGCUUCUUCAAAGAUUUCUUGGAUGGAGCAGAGUCAGUCUUAUAGUACACCACACCCUGGACAAAGACAACUGGUUAAUUAAAAGUCCAGUGGGAAGAAUUUUUGAGAUGCAGCAGCAGAUCAGUCCUAUAACUCGAAGAUUUCCAGCUUCAAUACACACUUGGAAUUACUGUGUCAAGAUUGCCCCGCCUUCCCAACACAGGAUAGGAUUCUAACUGUCUGCUGCGAAUCCCAUCUACUAAUUUGGGUUGUUCUUAACAUUUCACUCUGACAUUCCUGUACUUGGUUUGGUGGCUAACACUACUAAUCUUAAUGGUGAUUUAUUUGCAGUUGGCUUA